GGUGCAAAGAACAAGAAAGAUAAGAAAGGGAAAAUGUCUUUAGAUGUAAAUAUAAGUGAACCAGAUGAAUUUAACUGUAUCGAAUUACAUAAUUGUAUUAAAAGUGUCGCAAACAUUUAUAAUAUAGAAGAUUUUGUUUAUCACGUUGACAUUGUCUGCGGUAAAGGUGAAAAUUAUAUCGCGAAUGUAUUUAGAGUGUCUAUUAAUGAAACAAAUAAUGAAAAAAACAGUGUUAGUGUUAUUGUGAAAACUCUUAUCAAUACAACGCGACAAGACUUGUUUAGAGAAUUGCAUAAGAGAGAAGUUUAUGCCUAUAGAAACGUUAUUGAUAAAUUUGUUGUAUUACAAAAUGACAUAGUAGCUAACGAAAGAACUAUAUUACCGAAAUACGUUUUUGCUAGUACAACGAAAAAUAAUGAAGUUAUCAUCUUGGAAGAUUUACUUCUCAGUGGAUUUGUGAUUGAAAGUAAAUUUAAUAAAUAUGAGAAAUUAGAUUAUCCUCAAGUACGACUUAUAUUAACAGAAUUAGCGAAAUUUCACGCUUUAUCAUUUGUGUUUAGAAAAAAAGAUGAAACAAAUUUUGAAAAUUUACUCGACGAUUUUAAAGAUUUAAUUUAUCAAGACAAAUUUCUAAAUAAGACUAAGCUGAGAAAUUAUUUUCAAGAAUCGUAUGAAAUGUCUUUGAAUCUCAUAAAAGACACAGACGCUAAGAAAAAGUUGGAUAAAGUGAAAGAUUAUUUGUUAGAAUUAUUAAGAAUGUACACUAAACCAAAAAGGUAUAACGUAUUUUGUCAUGGAGAUUGUUGGAUCAAUAAUAUUUUGUUCAAGGACGAGGUAAAUAAAUUAUGUUUCCUGGACUUUCAAGCUAUGAGGUAUGCAAGUCCUGCAACAGACAUCCUAUACUUUAUGUAUAUAUGCACAGAUUCUGCCUUUCGAUCUGAAUAUUUUGAAGACCUUAAAACAGUUUAUUAUAAUACCUUUACAAAUUUCUUAAAACAAUUCAACAUAGAAGGUAAUAUUGUUUAUCCACAAGAAGAAUUCGAAAAGGAUAUAACAGAAAUGCUUCCUUUUGGUCUACUCAUAGCUUUAGUAGAAUUGAGAAUAGUCACGACUCGUCCUGAAGAAGAAACUUUAUCCAACGAUUCUACAGACGCCGAUUCUACGAAUGAUGGCACUGAUAUUAAUAAAGCAGUACCAGGGAGUGAAAAAUUAUAUGAAUUACGAGUAAAUGAUGUAGUAGACGAUUCAGUCAAUAACGGGACGUUGAAUCAGCUUUUAGAUCUUGUUAAGUGUUAACAAAUAUUUAAUAGACUUUUAAAGUUAUAUAUCAUAUGAAUUUGGACUAUAUGUAACGUGAACAAAGACACAAAAGAUUACCUGUCUCCCCCGUUAUAUGCUGGUGCACUAGAAUCUCCAAAUGAAGUUCCGUAAGCCAUUGAGCAUGGUUCCAUAACACAUCUUUCAGUCUCUUCAGUUGGCUUUGGUCCCAUACAUUUACUAUCAGGUAACUUUGCAAUCGUCCGACUGAAUUCUAAAAAUAUUUUGCAGUGAACUUCUUUCUUCCUCCAUCCCUCACCGCAUGUCACGCUGCACGGACUCCAAUCAUCGUCUUUGAUGUAACUAUGAGAAAAAACAAUUUAGCUUUGUAUGUGAUGAUAGCUUCAGUACUAUUUAAAGACGACGUGCAUGAUUGGAUGCGAAAAUAUUUAGGACUACAUAAUUCAAAUGUUUUAUAAGUAAAAAAAAAAUUAAUAAAUAUCAAGACACUGGCAGUUUUUUCGUUUGAUUUAAAUAUUUUCUUAUUCACCGUCUACUUACAUCGAUGCUUAAGUGCCUUGAAAUCGUGAUUAAUAUUCAUAAUUCUAUUCAAAUUCUAAAGGGAGUUCACACAUGAUAACACAUGCUAGGUGCGAAGGGAUCGAUAUAUGUAUGUUGAGAACUACCAAUCCUAAUAGAAUUCGUUCUGGCUGGUAUAUGUAGAAGUAUGUGCACCAGUGUGUCUGUGUGUAAACGCCAAUUGUACCUGGAAUCUUAAUUUACAUUUUUCUGUAUAUAGCGUUAAGCGAAUUAUAACUAUGCUAAUAUAAAACCACUCUGUGAAUGAUCAGAGGAAAAAAUAGCAUUGUUAGUGUCAGUGCAAAGAUGUAUAGUAUCUUAGAGUAUCGGAAAAGUGUUUCGAAGCAAAAUAAAGAGUAGACAAACUUUAGUCAGUGUAAGAUGUGCAAGGAAAUAUAAAUUUUAUAGUGCAGUGCAUAGAGUUGAAAAAGUUUAAUCGUUGAUAAAGUAAUGGUCCAUGACAGGUAAUGAACUGAAGGGUUUUUGUGAAAUAAUCGAGGAGAGUGCACACGAAAUUGAUCAGAGUUGAACUAAGAUAAUAAGUGGUAUACGUUCCAUUUUCCUUUGAAUAAACUUUAAUGUGAUACCUAUCGUUUCGGUCGUCUCAAAACAUGAAACGGUUCUGGAUUCAAAAGGGAGCUAUAACGGUGAUGAACGUUUAUUAUAGAAUCGUCCUUAAACCACUUUAUUAUGAUCGAAAAUGGUUUGAAGACGAUGUUUCCAUAGUGAUAAAAUAUACAAGCUAUGAACGAAAAGGGACAACAGCCACUGGAUGUGUGUAUGGAGUGGGGUAAUGUUAUUAAUUGUAAAAGAUGUGAUGUUGUAUUGAAUUCAAAAGUGAAACCUUUAAUUAAUACUGGUUAAGGUACAAUACCUUACAUACAACCAGCCACACGCAAAGAAUAUUUUGUAAUUGCUGAAAACAACAACAAAAUAC